UAUCGAUAUUCAACAUGGCGGUGAAUUUCCCACCGCUUCCCCAGGUUGCUGGGGCACACAGUUCUACUUAUGAAGCAUAUUUUCAACAGGCUGACAGUAAUGGAACUGGUGCUGUUGGUGCCAUGGAAGCAGCUAAUUUUAUGAAGAAGUCUGGACUUAAAGAAAAAACACUCUCACAGAUUUGGGAUCUGGCAGACCCCGCAGGAAAGGGUUACCUGGACAAGCAUGCAUUUUUUGUGGCCUUAAAGUUCAUUGCCAUGGCUCAGAAUGGAUUAGAAGUCUCUAUGGCCAACAUAGGUGCUCAUACGCCACCCCCCAAAAUGGGAGAACCAGCAAGUCCUGCCAUGCAGCCUUUAGGUGCAGCUCCAGCAGACUGGGCUAUUAAGACGACAGAAAAGGCCAAAUAUGACCAGAUAUUUGAUGGACUCCAGCCUAUUGAUGGGAAGCUCUCUGGGGAUAAAGUCAGACCAAUGCUGUUAAAUUCAAAACUGCCUGUAGAUGUGUUGGGGAGGGUGUGGGACCUCAGUGAUAUUGACAAAGAUGGACAGUUAGACAGAGAAGAAUUUGCUAUUGCAAUGCAUUUAGUGUACCGAGCUCUAGAAAACGAUCCAGUCCCACCAGCUCUUCCCACAAAUCUAGUCCCUCCCUCCAAGCGGCGUAGCCGUGCCAACAGUGGUGUCAAUCUUCCUGGUGCUGUCCCCGUGUUACCCAGCAUGUCUGGGGGCGGGGCUCCAACACUGCUCCCAGGGAGGUCCAGUCCAGCCAUGGGAAGCACUGCAGCUUCUACAGACUUACAUUCAGGGAUGACAAGUCCUGGCCCUCAGCUUCCCUGGGUCGUACCCCAAGCAGAGAGAGCUAAAUUUGAAGCACUGUUCAAGACAGCUGAUAAGGAUAUGGAUGGCUUUGUCCUGGGAGGGGAGGUGCGGGAUAUUUUCAUCCAGAGUGGGCUGUCACAGCAGGUCUUAGCACACAUAUGGACGUUAUGUGACAUUAAAGGGACAGGGAAAUUGAACAGCGACCAGUUUGCUCUUGCCAUGCAUUUGAUCCAGCAGAAACUGAAUGGUGUUGAACCUCCACAAACACUUGCCCCAGAAAUGAUCCCACCUUCCAUGAGGGAGAGGUCUGGAAGUUUGUACUACCUACAUCAGCGUGUCACGUCGGUGUCCCCCACGUACCAGAUGACGCAGCCAUAUCAUGGCUCUCCCACCCACCGUGCCCAGUUAUCACAUACCAUUCAGGGUACAGCUGUGCCCAUCAUGGACAGCAAGAGCUACAUAGGGGAUUACUCUGCAGUGAAAGAACUAGACAUGAUAAGUAAAGAAAUAGAAGAUAUGAAAAGGGAAAAAAUCCAGUUAGAACAGAACAAGGCUCAGAGAGAUGCAGACAUCAAGAUCAGGAGUGGAGAGGUGCAGACGUUACAGAAAGAAUUAGAUGCUAUAAAUAAUACCAUCCAGCAGCUAGAGACUCAGAAAGGAGAGGCACAGAAGAGACUGGAUGAAUUAGAUGACACAAAAUCAAAAUUAGAGCUUGCAGUGAAAGAGGCAAGGGAAAAAUGUGAAAAGGAGCAACGAGAAGUGGACACAUUAAGGAGUGAAAUUGCCAGUCAAGAAAAAUCGCUCAAGACGCAAGAGGAAGACCUUGCAAAAAUGAAAAUAGAACUGAACACUUUAAAACAGGAAGAAACAGAACUUGAAAAGAAAAGGGACAAUGGCAAAUUACAAUUGAACAGUGUAGAAAAGUCAAUAAAAGAUUCCAGUGCUCAAAUCAAUCAGACAAAGGCUAAGAUUCAGCAACUCCAAGAAACGCAGAGGAAUAUCCAAGAGACCAUCAACCAGUAUGAUAAACUGCUAACAAAUGGUGAUAUAAGCAGCCCGGAGCCCGUGUUAAAACACACCCCGGCCCCAUCAGAAGGAGACGUGGCCAGUUUUAGGGCAACUACUGGAGGCAGCAGUCCUAUGAGUAGUCUGAGUGGUUUUAGUACAGAUACGGGCAUUGAAGAUUUUAAAGAAGACCCUUUUAAGAAUCACGAUCCUUUUGGAAAAGACUCCAGUGAUCCUUUUACCAGUGGCAAUAGUGGUGAUCCAUUUCAGAAUGAAGAUCCAUUCAAAAAUACUCAAAGUGAAGAUCCUUUCAAAGGAUCUGACCCCUUUAAGUCUUCUGGUUUUGAUUCUGAUCCUUUUGGUGGAGAUCCUUUCAAAAAUGAAUUUGGUUCCUCAGCAAGUGCCAAGAAUGAUCCAUUUGGUGGCAGUGACCCCUUUGGUAGUAGUUUUCCAGCAAGGCCAGCAUCAGCAGCAGCAGCUUCCAGUGAUCCUUUUGGCAGUAGUUUUCCAGCUAGACCAGCAUCAGCUGCUCCAGUUACAAACGAUCCAUUUGAUCCAUUUGGUGGUGGCGGUGGUGGUGGUGGCAGCUCAAAGGGAUUGGGGAAGGAUGGAGGAGACUUGUUUGGCAGUGACCCUUUUGCCCCCACGUCCCGCUCCAAGUCCGAAUCUCCGACGCCAGCAUUACCUCCCAAACAGCGGCGCCAGCCCCCUCCCAGACCAGCGCCACCUAGAACUAGUAGCAAAGCUGCAACUGCUACUAAGACUGAUACAUUCGAGGGCUUCUCCAGUGACCCAUUUGAGGGUGCUGAUCCUUUUGGUGCCAGCUCCACGGGAGGUCAGGACCCAUUUGCAAGUUCAGGUGGUGGAGGUGGAAUGGAUGCAUUUGCUAAUUUUGCUGACUUUAGCCCUGGGAAGUUUGGAAAGAGUGAAGAUGCACAGCUUGCUUGGGCAACAGUGGAAAGUAAAAAAGCAGAAGAGGCCAGAAGAAAACAAUUAGAGCAAGAGCAGGCAGAUUUGGAACUAGCCAUAAAAUUAAGUAAAGCUGAUGCUGGCUCCUCGGAGGCAUAGUUGGUUGUCUUGAUGCAGUUCAGCUAUGGUGAAAAUGUGAUUUAAUUGUCAAUAUAUAUUUAUAUAUAUAUAUGGUCCCAGAACAGGUGUUUGGGAUAGAAUUUUAAAACAUUUUAAAUGGGCUAAUGCAAAUAUCCCUUUCCCUAAUCUGCUGCUGCACUUGGUUCAGUGUAUUUGAUUAGUAGUUUGUAAUGGCCAUUGAAAAGACCCACACAGUAAAAAUGCUGUAGUUGAGAUACUAGUAUGUGAUUACAGUGUGCUAGCUGUAACACAAUCAAACUACUAGUUAUUUGUGGAGAUCUCACUGUACCCAGUGAAUAGUAUUAGAAAAUAGCAAUAUGUUGAAAGAAACUUUAUGGAGCCAUGAAUUCAAUAUUCAUGGGAUUCAUAGUGAUUGCUGAAGAGUGUGAAAAUGUCAAAUAUUAUUGUGAAUUACUGUAAGGAUUUUUGCCAUGAAUCUUGUCAGUCAUGAACUGAAAAUGGACCUAGAUGGAAACCCAAUUGGUAUGUAAUAUAAUUCUUAAUCAAAGAAACUUUCUUUUGUUCAAUGCCUUGUUAUAAGGUAUUUAAAGCCACAUAAAAUUUGCCACAUGUUGCUGUCUUGAUACUAAAGUUUGAUAAAAGGAUGGGAAAUGCUGAUUUAGCUGCUACAUGCUAGAUGUGUCGUUCAUAAAUAUUGUGUUUAUAAAUCUUUUGUAGUGUUUUGUCUUGGUGCUUGAGAAGUUACUUUGUUAAAGAAAUUUAACUCAUAUUCCUUUUGUUUGUGUAUAACUGAUGAUUUAAACAAAUGAAUACAAAGGCUGGAAAAAUUACCCUAAAGUGAAGGGGACAGAAGAAAAAGUAAAUUAAAAUAUCCAACUUUGUAGACUUCAUGUAAACAAGGUGCUAGUUGCUUAAUUUCUGAAAUUGUUAUUGAUGUGUUUUUUCCAUUAAGUCUCCGCUAGGAAAAAAAGUCAUCACUUGAACUGUGUAACAGUUACUGGAUGUUUUUCUUAGCUCACAAGGAGUUAAUAGGAAUGUUUAAAAUAGAUAGUAUGACAUAGGUCCCAAUGUUGACAUAGGACCCAUUUUGAAAGUGCAAAAUAAGAAAAAGAGAGAGGAAAAAAAUAGAGCCAUUCAUAUUGUUGAUAUGUUCUUCUUACACAGGUGCAAUAUUUAAUGAUGUUUAACUGUGAGAUAAGACAUGUGCAUGUAGAUAUAUAAUGUUAAUAUAAAGCUUUGAAAGGGAGUCUGGAUUUCAGAAAUUACAGAAGAGGUUUAUCACUUUUUGAAGGGCUUCCGCAAGGAUUACCAGGAUGGAAAAACCUAAAUCCUAUAAUGAUAAGAGAGUGUGAUAUUAAGUAUCUUCUGAAGCCAGUGCAAUUAAUUUGCUUUUCCAGGAACAAAAAGAUAUAAAAAGAACUUCAAGAAUAGUUGCUUUUGACCUUCCUAAGAACAUAUUCUGUAGUGGAUGUUAACUGUUAUUGGCAGAGGAAUUACAGUUAUAAAAGUUGACCAAUAAUUUUUUUCACCUGGCUCUUUAUGAAAUGUUUUAUCAUUCUAAAUAUUCUUCCAUGAGCUUAAUAUGUGAAAUGUCCCUUAUGACUUCUGAAAAUUAGCUCCUUUCAUCACUGUCAGUGUAAAUGCAUGCAUGUGUCAACAGUUCUUUAUUCAUAUAUGUACUGUGCCUGUAAAUAUCCACCCGAGUCAGUAUUUGUACAGUCUGCUGAGGGAAAAAAUAUUGAUUUGUGAAGUGUGGCCUCAGCCAGUUGUUAGACAGUGGAGAGAGGAUUCUACUAUAGGGUAUAGUGGUAAAGCUGCUGUAAAAUGCACUUGCCAAUUAACUGUUGAACUCUUGUAGUUCUGAAUGCAUACAAUCCAAAUAUAUACAUUUACCGUUUGUUAUAUAUGAAUAUUGAUGUAUGCAUAGUGCUCCAUGUUCAUGAUAGAAGUUGUAAAUAAUGAGAUAAGAAACACUGUUGUAUAUAAAUCAACUUGCAAAUUA